AUGGAGGAGGCCGGCUUUGUGGCGUCGCAGCAGGCUUACGAGGCCAUCGUCAAGGCCUUUCUGGUGCAGGGCAACCUGGGGCAGGCCUCGGCCUGGCUGGCGAAGGCGGUCCAGGGCGGAUCCCCGUGCGGCCAGGAGCUGGUGCGGGAGGUGCUCGCCGGCCACGUCGCGGCCGGCGACGCGGCAGCAACCGUCCGCGUCGUGGACGACCUCGAGCGGAGGAGCCAGCGGCUCAGCGCCCUCACCUACAACGUGGCACUCCGGGGCCUGGUGCGCGGCGCCGCGGGCGGGGCGGCCGGCGAGCGCUGGUUGGACAGGAUGGCCGAGCGCGGUGUCAAGCCCGACGCGGACACCCAUGCCCUGCUCGUGCUUGGCUCCCUCCGCGAGGGCAACGUCACCCGUGCCGAGCGGUGGUACGACAGCGUGUCUGGCGCAGGCCCGUGGCGGGGCGGCUCCUCCCGCGCGGACCUGCGGGCGGCGUGCGCCCGGAGUGAAUCUGACUGGCUGGACCUCUGGGACCGCGGCGUCGCCAACGGCAUGCGGGAGGCGUGA